GGGAGGUAACACGAUUAAGGUCAUAAACUGUAACGGUUGUUUUCCCGUCCAAAUGACUUAGUCUUCUUGUUUUUGACAGGUAUAUAACAACUUUAUUUGAUAAUGGUGUUCGCUUUUUAACGGAAAAACUAUCAAUUAUUGGUAUUGCGAAUAGGCAAGGCAAAAAAAGAAUGGCCAAUCCCACUAAGAAAAGAGUAUUUGUUGUGGGUGUUGGUCUGACCAAGUUUGAACGCCCGCUUACCAAGCAAUGGGACUACCCUGACAUGGGCCGAGAAGCAGGCCAAGCAGCACUGAAGGAUGCUGGUAUAACAUAUGACAAGGUCAAAUCAGUGGUUGCCAGCUACUGCUAUGGGGAACCGACCUGUGGUCAGAGGGCUGUGUAUGAGCUGGGACUGAGCGGGGUACCGGUCUACAAUGUCAACAACAACUGCUCCUCCGGGUCCACGGCUCUCAUGAUGGCCAGAAGGCUCGUACAGAGUGGCAUGGAGGACUGCGUCCUGGCACUUGGCUUUGAAAAAAUGGAGCGAGGACUAUCAGAACGGUACACAGACAAAACAUCGCCAGUAAAACGCCACUUUGAACACAUGGUGGAGAUCGGUGCAAAGCCCGGACUAAUCCAACCCCAUAUGAACAGCAUGACAUCCGAUGUCGUGAAGCUAUUCGCAUACGCAGCAAGAGAAUAUAUGGAGAAACAUUCCAACGUAACAGUGAAAGAUUUCAUUGAGAUAGCUUACAAGAACCAUAAACAGAGUGUAAAUAAUCCCAAAGCAUCCGUGUCGAAGGAGGUAUCAAGGGAGGACAUUGGGUCCAAGCUAAUGUUGUGUGAGCCAAUCACUUUCUGGCAGUCAGCACCCGUCGCUGACGGAGGGGCAGCAGCCAUAGUGUGUAGCGAGGAAUUCAUGCUGAAGAACAACCUGAAAAAUAGAGCUGUAGAGAUUGUAGCUCAGAGCAUGGUUACAGACAUGCCAUCAUCAUUUGGACGCAGUUUUAUGGACCUUUCUGGGGUAGGCAUGGCAAGAAAGGCUGCAGUGAACUGUUACAAGGAGAGUGGACUUACCCCGUCUGAUGUUGAUGUUCUAGAGGUACACGACUGUUUCUCCUGCAAUGAGCUGUUUAUGUAUGAGGCCCUACAACUGGCACCGGAAGGGCAGGGGCCGGACUUACUGCGGAGCGGGAAGUGGCGGACCAACGCCAGUGGCGGGGAACAGUUCCAGAUGGGAGGUCGCUGGGUUGUCAACCCGUCUGGAGGGCUAGAGUCAAAGGGUCACCCUAUAGGGGCCACAGGUUUGGCCCAGUGUGCAGAGCUCGUCUCCCAACUCCGAGGGGAGAGUGAGAAGAGACAGGUUGACGGGGCAACCGUUGCUAUGCAACACAACUUUGGCAUAGGUGGUGCUGUUGUGGUUACUAUGUACAAAAAAUAUGAUAGUACUGGCUGGAAUAAGGCUCGACUGUGAUAAACUUACUUUGUGAAUGAUUUUUAAUGAUUUGAAUUUUAUUAUUAUUAACCAGGUUUUCCGAAGGAAAAAACUGGUUAUUAGAUUGGCGAAUGCGGGCGUGCUGGCUGGCUGGCAGGCGGGUGGAACAAGCUUGUCCGGGCCAUAACUAUGUCGUUCAUUGUCAGAUUUUAAAAUCAUUUGGCUCAUUUGUUCACCAUCAUUGGACGGUGUGUCGCGCGAAAUAAUUACGUCGAUAUCUCCAAGGUCAAGGUCACACUUUGAGUUCAAAGGUAAAAAAUGGCCAUAAAUGAGCUUGUCCUGGCCAUAACUAUGUCAUUCAUUGUGAGAUUUUAAAAUCAUUUGGCACAUUUGUUCACCAUCAUGGGACGGUGUGUUGCACAAAAGAAUCACGUCAAUAUCUCCAAUGUCAAGGUCGCCACGACUAAAAAUAUAUUUUUUUUAAAAACAAACUUGUAAAGGGGGUUAAUUUUGUUUGUUCAUUUCAAAAGUUCAGUUUGAGUUUUCUCCCUUUAUCAGAUUUUUAUUUCACAAUGAAAACCUGGUUUUGUGAAAAUUUUGUCCCUUGUUAAUAAUCAUGUUGAUCUGCCAGUGUUUGUCAUGUUUUUAGAGUAACACUGAAGUGAUUGUUUGUUUGUUGUUUGAUUAAAUCAGCGUCUUAGCACUCAAGGCUUGGGUUGGCCAUGGAUAACAUAUUGAAAUGCUGAAUAAUACCUUA